AUGUGCUGGUGGAACCUUCUGUUCGUUGCAAUAGUGGUGAACCACCACGUGGUUCUCACACAGGGCAGCUCUAACGACACCACAACAGAAGAGCCGUCUACAACAACGGAAGAGCCGUCUACAACGACAGAAGAGCCGACUACAACUGAAUCAACCACUAUCGCAACUACGGUUGCUCCCUCGCCCGAUAAUCGCCUAUGUCCGCAGAACACUGGAAUGGUUGACGCUACAAGGGUAAAGGCAAAAACUGCACACAAUUUCCGCAGAGGUAACAAGCUCAACGAAAAGAUCUACAAUAAGGGAACAGCUUGUUCUGCAUGCCCUCAGGACACUUACUGCAACGAAGACAAAUUGUGCCAGCUACUUUCCAAGUUUUGA